UUUGCAAUUUAUCAUUUGAUUAUAUGUCACAAUCUUUAUGUCUUGAUAUAAGAUAUAGUCUAUACAGUUUCAUGAAUUGAACACUAAAGUGCUAUUGUCUUAUCAGUAUUAGUUACUACUAUCAUUUAAUCGAAUUGCAAGACAUUUUCUUAUAUGUAAAAUUGAUAACCCCAACGGUUAAACACCAUCACCCGAUUGGUCCCAUUAUGGAUUAUAGCAUGUUUACAAAUCAAAGCCGACAAAUCAAAUAUGUCACAUAUAAAAUCAAACUGAGUUGACUACAAUUAGUAGCCUUAAUUGGAAAUCCAAAAGCUUAAAAUCCUAGAUCCGCCUUUGACUGUGAUCAUGAUUUUAUUUUUCUUUACAAAAAGUUUAUCAACUUGAAGUAUUGUAUAAUCCUUACAAAUCAGUUCCAUUGCAGUUCCCCAUCUUGUAUCAAUUUCGCUUCUAACAAUCGUAAAAGGGGCCAAGCUAGCUGAUAUGGAGAAUGUUGAGAGAAUUCCUUCCUCUGUAGAGCCUCCCACGGAGCGUAGUUAUCCAUCAGUUGACGGAGAACUUGUGGGUUUUGACGAUCAUGCGGAAAAUAUAAUUCAAAAAUUGAGGGAAAGGUCAAUGGACUUUGACAUUAUUUCAGUUGUUGGAAUGGCCGGAAUAGGGAAAACAGCUUUGGCUAGAAAGGUAUACAAUAGUAGUUCUAUUAUUGAUUGUUUUGAUGUUCGAGCGUGGUGCUCCGUUGGACAAACAUAUAAUGUGAGAAAGUUAUUUCUUGAGAUUCUAAAACAAAUUACGGGCGAUAGGUUUGUUAAUGUGGAUGAUCCUGAUGACAUGAUGCGGAAGAAUCUUUUCGGAAAAAGGUAUCUCAUCGUAUUGGAUGAUAUAUGUGAAUACGAGGCAUGGGAUGAUUUACGACCAUGUUUCCCUUCUGUGGGAAAGGGAAGUAGAAUAAUGGUAACAACUAGAAAUGUACAGCUAACUCGGCAUAUGAAGAAGCAUAGUGAACCUUAUCUUCUUCCAUGUCUAAGAGAUGAAGAGAGUUGGGAAUUAUUGCAGAAGAAAGUAUUUCAAGGAGAGAGCUGUCCUUUGGAGCUACGCAGUGUAGGACCACUAGUUGCCAAAAAAUGCAAUGGGUUGCCUCUUUUCAUAAUCAUUAUUGCUGGAAUUCUUUCUCGAAAAAAAAGAGAAGCAUCUACGUGGCUUGAGGUUGCAUAUGAUAUAGGUUCUCAUGCCUUAGAAGAAGGAAGCAUGAAGAUGAUACAAUCAAGUUAUGACAUUUUAGCGGAAUAUUUAAAGCCUUGUCUUCUCUACAUGGGAUUGUUUCCUAAAGGCUAUGAAAUUCCAGUGUCUGAUCUGCUCAAGUGGUGGAUAGCUGAGGAGUUUGUGCCGAACAUUGGCACGUUGAAGCAAGAAGAAACAUCAAUGAGUUGCUUGAGUGAUCUUGUUAGCAGAAACUUGGUAGUUUUAUCUAAAACCAGAGGAAGUGGUGAAAUGAAAUGCUGCAUAGUUCCUGAUCAAGUGCGUGAAUUUUGCUUGACAAAAAUAAAAGAAGAAAAGUUCAUGCAACAUGUAGGAAAAAGGCUAUGUAUGUACAUACCUGACACUAUGACAAGUGAUUUCAAGGAAAGAAAGUCAUUUGGAAUAAGUCAAGCGUCCCUUGAGUGCAUUGCUCAUCCAAAAUUCAGCAUAUCAAAAAAAAAGAAUCUUUUUCCUUUGCUUAAUAACUUCAGACUUAUUCGGGUGUUACAUUUAUUGGAUUUCUACUUGGAUGAUUCUUGGGCUGCUGCGUUUCAGUCGCUGACUCACUUAAGGUACCUUGCAAUUUUUGUUAAAGCAUUCCAUUUCAAAUGGGUGUCACACCUUGUUCAUUUACAAACUUUGGGGGUUCGUUCAUCUUAUAUAAUGAUGUCGCCUGCUAUUUGGAAACUGGAAAAGUUGAGGCACGUGGACAUAAACGAAUUUCCCAUUAGAUGGGCAGAUGGUGAGCGAGUGAAGUUCGAAGAACCUACAGAUGUUGUGUUACAUAACAUGAAGACUCUUGGCACGUGCUCCAUGUCCGUGGCUGACAUGACUCCGAAGUUCUGGAAUAAGUUUCCAAAUCUCGAACAACUUAGGCUCCAUAUUGAUGAACUUGGUGAUGUUCCUUAUUAUUCAGACUCUAGAUUAAUGACUUUGGAGAUGUUUCCCUCACGUCUUAGGAAUUUGUCCCUCAGUGAAACUUUCCUGACGGAUGAAAUAGUUUCAAGUAUUGCAAAGCUGCAACAUCUUGAGACUCUUAAAUUAUCUGAGAUAUACUUUACGGGGAAAAAAGAUUGGGAUCUCAGUGAUAAGACGUUUGAGAGACUCAAGUUUUUGAAACUACAUCGUGUGUUUAUGACCCACUGGUAUUGCUCAGAUGAAUCAUUUCCUGAGCUUGAAUAUCUAGUUAUAAAAAGUUGUUCCAAGCUUGAAGAGAUCCCACUUAGCUUUGCAGAUGUUCUAACAUUGCAAUUGAUAAAAGUUACUGAUUGUAGCAAAUCAGUUGGUGAUUCAGCUUUGAAGAUUGAAAAAGAAAUGGAAGAGUACGGCUGCGAGCUCCAAGUUCAUAUGUUGAAGAAUGACUAAAGAUGAAGCAUCCACCUAGACGUGACUUCCGAGCAGUAGACCUAUUCAUUGGACUUGUGACCAUCUGACAUCAGUAGAAGCUAAUACUUUGUACUGAGAUGAAAGGACUGAUCUGCAUAUGAUGAAGCUGCGAUUGUUGGGAAGAUGUUAAUGUCUAUUUAGUUUUGUGCUUUGCAACGAUACGUUCUGAUAGGUAUUGUCAAAGACUGAGCCAGAAUCAGAAGCUUAUGUUUUGUUUGUGAACUCUUCAAACCCCUUUUGUCAUGUUCAUUGUUAUUUGAGUUAAUACAUAAAAAUGACCCUUAACUUGA